AUGAUAGAGCUGAUUACGAGACUGCAAAACAAAGCGAGUAAAUACCAGAAAGAUUGGAAUGAUGCCAAAUCACAGUACACCCUCACCGAGACCCCCUUGCUGCACACUGCCCAGGAGACAGCCCAGAUGCUGGACCAGCUGAACUACAAAGCUGAACAUGUAAAACAAAGAGGUCAUUAUGUUGGUGCGACGAUGAGAGAUGAUCCUAAACUGGUUUGGUUUGAGCGCACAGGCCAGAUUCAGAAUGACAGACUAUACAGAGAGGACUACCAUAAAACAAAGGCCAAGAUCUAUAUAGCCGCUGAUAUGGUGUCGGUGUUGGCUGCCAAGCAUGGGCAGGACCUCGUCAGUGAUAUUGAUUACCGUAAUUACCUGCACCAAUGGAUGUGUCAUCCUGACCAAAAUGACAUUAUCCAGGCAAGGAAGGCCUCUGACCUACAGAGCAAUGAUGUCUACAAGGCUGACCUGGAGUGGCUCUGUGGCAUUGUCUGGAUACCCGUGGACUCUGUGGACUACGUGAGGGUUACGAAGAACCAGGAAAUGGUGAAUCAGAUAAAAUACAAGAAGGCUGAUCUCGACAACUGUCCUAACUUCACAAGUGUGGUGGAUCCUCCAGAGAUUGUUUUGGUGAAGAUUAACUCAGUCAGUCAAAGUGAUGUAAAACAUAAAGAAACAUUUAAUAAAGUAUUGAAGGGCAAGUAUCUAUUUUCUCCAGAUACACCAUAUAUCACCCACUCCAAAGACAUGAGAAAACUCUACAGUACUAUACUGUACAAAGGGGCUUGAGAAGGGACCAACGCUUACGGCUGCACCUUGCAUAGGCGCUACAUUCCCAUCGUGGGAGCUAAGCAUGCCAACUAUGUGAACAGCGAGCUUAAAUACAAAGAGACAUAUGAGAAGCAGAAGGGCCACUACCUGGCUGGAAAAGAAAUCAGUGAGUUCCCUGGUGUGGUCCAGUGCCUGGAUUUCCAAAAGACGAGGAGUGCAGUAAGCAAAGCAAAGCUCACUGUGAUGGAGGAUUUGUACCCUGGAGGGUGCAACGUGUAUAAGGAUGACUUGAAUCGGCUGAAAGGCAUGGGAUGCUACAUUUGGGAUAUGCCUCAGAUCCUCCAGGCCAAGAAAUCCUGUGAUCUCCAGAGUCAGAACCAAGAACCUGAAGAAUCUUUACAGCAGAAACCUGUACAAGGAAGCUUGGGAUGGAGUGAAGCCACCAGCUACAUCCUGCCUACCAGUACCAUGUCCCUGAUGCAUGCUAAGAACCAGAAGCAUCUGGCUAGCAAUCGCCUAUAUAAAUCAGUUUAUGAAAAGAACAAGAUGAGAAUCCACAUCGUGCCUGACAUGGUGGAGAUGGUUACUGCUAAGGAAUCUCAGAAGAAAGGCAGUGAGAUUGAUUACUGCCUACACCUCUGUGAGUGGAUUUGCCACCCUGACUUGCAAGUCAACAGCCACAUCAGGAAAGUCACAGAUCAGAUCUACAGCAACAUUGUAUACAAGGAUGACCUCAACUGGCUAAAGGGCAUUGGAUGCUACAUCUCGGACAUUCCUGAAAUUCUUCAUGCCAAGCAUGCUUAUGUUCUAUGUAACCAUAUCAAGUACAAAUCUCACACACAGAAGACCAGGAAUGGCUACAAGUUGGUCACAGACACACAAGUCUAUGUGCAGGCUGUGAAAAGUGGGAAACAACUGAGUGAUGCCAUCUACCACCAUGACUACAUGGAUAGCGUCAGAGGCAAGGUGGCUGCAACUAUGAAAACCAUGGAACUGGAUGGGCCCUUCAUGCACACAAGCUCCAGAGUGAGCAUCAUACUCUCCAGUUCCAUCCACGUGUAUGGACAAUUGUACCACAGACUGAAAGACAAGAUUCACACAACUCCUGAUACACCUGAAAUCCGCCAAGUCAAGAAGACACAAGAGGCUGUCAGUGAGUUGAUCUACAAAUCAGACUUCUUCAAGAUGCAAGGCCACGUGAUCUCACUGCCUUACACACCCCAAGUGAUCCGUUGCCGCUACGUGGGAGACAUCACCAGUGACGUCUAACUACCUGUACACUGAUAAGGCGAGGAAGAUGUGAGACAGAUACCAAGUGGUGCUUGACACUCCAGAAUACAGAAAAGUACAGGAACUGAAGACACAGCUGAGCGAGUAUCUUUAUGUUGAACUUGCCACCAAAGAGAGACCCCACCAUCAUGCUGGGAAACAGACCAAAGCCCUGAAACACGCUAAAGACGUAAAGGAUAUAUGGUCAGUGAGGUGCAUCCAGUUCACGCCUUUCCAGCCUCUGAGUCCCCACCGAAGCUGCAUACCUAGGCCGAGGCAUCUCGUGGCUCGCCAUCUCUGAGGACCUCAGGCGAAUCUGGAGCUUCUGGGAUGAGGAUCAUGACUCCUGUUAUGAGAAGAAAAAGAUCAUAAAGAGUUGAAACACGGGAGUCACAGCAUAACCACCUGCAGCCAAUAAAUUCUACUGGAUUUCCCCAUCAGUGGGCUCCACAGCACCCACAGGGGCAUCUGGCCAUCAACAAGGGAGAGCCACGAGUAUCACUUCCACUGACUGCAGCUUUGAAGUGUGUCCAUAAUCAGCAGUCAUGAGGAACCCCCACUCUGGGUGUGGUGUCCAUCACAGAGGAUCCUUUUGUCAUGUCCUCUGGCAUCCAUUCUGCUUGUGAGAAGCACAAAGGUCUUUUGUUGGGGAGGCCUGCCAUGUCACGUCCGGGGGAACAGAUCCUCCAGGCGUGUUGCUUCUCCUCGUGUCCAGGUGCAUCCAGUUCACGCCUUUCCAUCCUCUGAGUCCCCACCAAAGCUGCAGACCAAGGCCGAGGCAUCUCGUGGCUCACCGUCUCUGAGGACCUCAGGAGAAUCUGGAGCUUCUGGGACGAGUGUUCCUCUCCAAAUGUGGCAUGUGAAAUUCCAGCAGUUAUGGAGACCCCUGACAUGUGGCUAAUGCUAAUGAUGCUGCUAUGAAAUAGAUGGAAAUAUCCUCCUGAUUCUUCUCUGCUUUGACCCUGCAUGAGACACAUCCCCAGCCAGGACAGAUGUCUGAUCUUGAUUUCUGCCCCAACCCUGUCUGUGGAAAGUGAAUACUAAGCAAACCUCCAGGUGCAGCUGUGGUGAGAGAGGAAUGUGGGGUCCUAAGCGGUGUGCCCGGUGGGGGUGAAGUUUACUUUUAGAAAUUUGACACUUGCAUUGAUUUGCCUAAGUGAGAAUGUCUUCUGAUGGAACACACACACUCAACGCACCCACUCAUACAAUCACAUCACAUCCAGUCACACAGGAACAAACCCAGCCUCCUAUAGACAACCUGUAUCUCCUAAAUGACCUACUUGCUUCCAGAGUCUGUAGAGCUGGACAAUCAUUUUUUCUCACAACCACACCCUCCAUUCCCAGUAGGAACCCAGGAUCAGGGAAGCUCUCCAGAGCAAAGCAGAGGGGAAAGACCCACCUUGUUCAUAAGCUAGAUUGUUCCUUGAGAAGUGACAGAUGUUGGAAUACAUAAAGCCACCAUCUUGGGCUGCCUCCUGCUGCAGUUAGAGAGAGGGAAACACUAUAAGGAUCACAUCACCCUGUGCACAUCAUCUGCACAUAUCCUUUGUUCUCUUGGUGACAUUAGUAAGGCAGCAGAGAUAUAGUCAUUGAGUCAGUGAUCACAAAAAAAAAAAAAAAAAAAAAGCUCAAU